CUUCACUCUACAGAGUCCAGACUGAUUGAUUGAUUAGGUAAGCUGAGCUGGGUUGGGUUGGGUUUGGGAAGGGUCUGUAUUGUACACGUACGAGUAUCUAGGGAUUCUCAUUUCCCUCAACAAAACAAAACCCGCAUCCAAACAAACCCUCAAAAUUCCCAAUCCGCAUCUCCUCCCAGUCCCAGCUUCCAAAAUGGUCUGAUUCUCCGUCUCCAUUCCUCUUCUCACCCAAUCCCCUCCUUCCACCUGUCACUCCCCCGAUCUGGUAAGUCCACCUUCCGUCUCUCUCCUUUCUUUACCUUCCAGAUCAACUGUCCUACUUCUGCAACUCUUCGAGUAAUUUGCGCUCCACUCACUAUCCGAGAUUUACUGCUUUAGUCUUCUUACUCGAGCUGAUUUGUGCUGCCUUAUCUACCAUGGAAGAUGCUGGUUCAGUUGCUACACUCAUGGAUUCUACAAGCUCCAAAAUACAGCAAUUGCAAAAAGCAUUUGCUGAGCUUGAGAAUCAUCGUGCAAUUACCCUCAACUGGAAAUGGAAACAACUUGAAGAGCAUUUUCAUGGGCUUGAGAAAUCUUUGAAGAGGCGUUUCACUGAGUUGGAAGACCAAGAAAGGGAGUUUGAAACAAAAAUAGUUCAAUCUAAAGAGAUGUUGGAGAGGCGUCAAGCUACUGUUGUGGCCAAGGAGCAGGAUUCAUUGGCGAGACUCCAGCAGAAGAGAGAUGUUGCUGUCUGUGCGAUUACUUCUGCUCUGGAGAAGCACAGGAAGUUAUCUUCUGAUGAACCUGCUUUUGAUAAUAGCAAGGACCAUGGUGGGGCACCAGAUAAGGAGGAUAAACCUCCUGAUGCUAUGGCUGCUGAGAGCAACAUAAGAGAGUUGACGGCACCUUCUGAAAUUGAGAAUGCAGCGGUGAAGUUGUAUCCAGAGCUUGUCAAGUUGUGUCAGGAGAUGGAUUCAGAAGGCCUGCACAAAUUUAUCUCAGACAACCGUAAAAACCUUGCUGUUAUGAGGGAGGAAAUUCCAAAUGCACUAAAGGCUGCAAAUGAUCCGGCCUCGCUGGUUCUGGACUCACUCAAUGGUUUCUACAGCAUGGACAUGCCUAGCUCAGAUGCCAAAAAGGACUCAAACCUCCUAGGCCUUCGUCGAAGCUGUAUCAUGCUGAUGGAAUGCCUUAGCACUUCAUUCACAAAUUUGGAUCAGGAACUCAUCUCAGGUAUGAUCUCAUCUGAUGUCAAGGAACGGGCAAAAGUUAUUGCUGAAGAGUGGAAGCCGAAGUUAGAUGAACUUGAUGUUGAUGCCAGCAGUGGGAACUCCUUAGAGGCACAUGCAUUCUUACAACUUCUAGCUACUUUUGGUAUCAAUUCUGAUUUUGACCAGGAGAGCUUAUCCAAGCUAAUACCUAUGGUUUCUCGUCGUCGCCAGACAGCUGAUCUGUGUCGUUCCCUUGGAUUGUCUGACAAAAUGCCAGGUGUCAUUGAUGUUUUGGUGAAAAAUGGGAGACAAAUUGAUGCUGUUAAUCUGGCUUUUGCAUUUGACCUGACAGAGCAGUUUUCACCUGUUAUAUUACUGAAAUCCUACCUGAGCGACGCAGCAAAAUUGUCUUCACCUAGUAAGCUGGGAAACACAUCACCUUCUGCACAGUGCGAUGUCAAUGAAAAGGAGCUUUCUGCACUUAAGGCUGUGAUUAAGUGCGUCGAGGAGCACAAGCUUGAGGAGCUUUACCGUCUGGAUGGUCUCCAAAAAAGGGUCGUGCAGCUGGAGAAGGCAAAGGCAGAUAAGAAAAGAGCCACAGAAGUUGCAAAACCUCAAUCCAAAAGGCCUCGUGCUAAUGGUGCUGGAUAUGGGCCACGAGUUGCUAAUGUUGCCGCUGACAAGAGCUUCUAUGUUGCUAGGAUGACUGAUAGGUACCCACCGUACAUCUAUGACAGACCAUACUGUUAUUCUGGACCAACUGACAACCACGUCGCCCCAGUUCUGGGUACUGCUGCUUACAGCCUCCCUCAUAGUCAUGGCAACUUCUUUGGAGCUGGAUACCAGUACCAGGUGGCUGCGUACCUGCACUAAUCAGUAGGAAAGAUGAAAUCGUUGAUCAUGAUCCUUUUAACUGUUAGUGUUAACCCUUUCUGUCUGUUGUACUGCACCACGUGAGCAAGUUUAAUAUUGGAAAAAAAAAAAAA